CAGAUUGGGCGGCCACCCACAACAGAUGCCACAAAGUAUGUCAACUGGUAGCAACACAAUCGGCCAUGGCGGCAUCGAUCGCGGCGGCGUCGGCGUCGGCGUCGGCAUGCCAAUGGGCGCCGGCACAAUGCCGGUGGGCGUUGGCGGUCAGGUGGGCGGGCCGCAGGUAUCGGUCGGACCGCCGGGCAGCGGAGUCGCCGGACCGCAUUGCCAGAUAAGCGGCUCACAGCCGCUGGUCAUGCCUGGAUUCCCGUUGCGUAAUUCGCAUUCAGCGCAUGCACCACACUAUUCGCCAUAUUCACCAUCCAGGUUUCACAUAGAUAAACGCUGUCAACACCGAUGUUCCUGGAAAUGCUUGAGCAUCGCCUUAAUAUUCAUAUCCGUCGUCCUAACCGCCAUGUUGGCAUACUUUGCAGCAGUCAGUUCGAUGAAACCGAACAUGGACAGCUCGAAUUGUAUCCUAGUCCAAGAUGUCAAGUCGCAGCCGCACGAUCUGCGGGGCGGCUCCGGCGGCAAGGGUGGCGACAACAAGGCGCAGGCGGGCGGCGGCGGUGCCACCGCCUAUCCCACGGAGGAAUCGAUACAGACCAGCACCUCGGAUCAUGCAGGCAACAGUGGCGGAGGAGCGGCCGGAGCUGGCAGCGCCACGGGCAUACAGCAGCAACUGUUGCUCCAACAGCAGCAGCCGCACGCCAUCAAUCAGCCGCUGACGCCGUUGGACGCGACCAAUACACAGCUGCAGGAUCAACUGACUUAUGGCGGUGCUGCCGGCGGCUUGGGCCAGCAGCAGCAUAAUCUGCUGCUGCAGCAGGCGGGCCAUCAUCAUCCGGCGCUGCAGCAGCAGCAGGGCGUUGGCUUGAGCGGCGGCCAGUGGCCGCAGGUCGUGGAGCUGAAGGACUUCAAUGAGCUCUACCAUGCCACCAUACCGGCCUAUCAGUUCUGGACACUCGAGUUUCGCAACAAGCAUCCGGCCUUCAUUCGGUUCAACUUUACGCUGCCCUGGGGCGCCCACUUCGCUGUCUACUCGCGCCGCAAUGUGGCGCCGUCGGUGACACAGCACGAUUUCGUGGAGUUCAUCAAGGGCGGACGACUCGAUAGCCACUUGCGACAUCGCCGCGACGCCGGUAACGUGACCCACAAUGCCAAGGACCUGGGACUGACUGCAGUUUAUGAGAAGGAAAAGGCGAAGGAGAAACAGCAAUUGCAACUGCGACGUCGUCGACGCAGCAACAGCUCCGAGGAGGACUUGGACCAGGAACAGGAACAGGAGCAGGAGCUGGAUCGUGCCGAGGAUGACUUGAACGAUAGCAGCGAUGAAUCACCCACUGGCCUAGACUCGGCCGAAUACUUUGAGGGCAAGACGGUCACAGUGGCGCAUGCACUGAACAAGCGCUCCGCAGCUGAUGGUGGUGCUGGUGGUUUGCCCGCUCUCGAUAUGGACGCCAUGACCGUGAAUGUGUCGCUGCUGCAAUAUCUGGACACUGGCUUGUGGUUCAUAUCCGUUUACAAUGAUGAGCUCGUCGCCCAUUCCGUGUCGCUGCUCGCCGAGGAGGCCGAGGGCGUUAGCACCACCUGUCCGAAUGAUUGUUCGGGACGCGGCAGCUGUUAUCUGGGCAAGUGCGAUUGCAUCGAUGGCUACCAGGGCGUGGACUGCUCCAAAAGCGUUUGUCCGGUACUCUGCUCGGCUCAUGGCCACUACGGCGGCGGCGUCUGCCACUGCGAGGACGGCUGGAAGGGCGCCGAGUGCGACAUACCCGUGGGCGAGUGCGAGGUGCCCAAUUGCUCCAGCCACGGCCGCUGCAUCGAGGGCGAGUGCCACUGUGAGCGCGGCUGGAAGGGACCCUACUGCGAUCAACGUAAGU